AUGGCAACAGAAGAUGUAACAACAUCAGAAGAAGAUGAAUCGUUAGACGAUGAAUCAUCGACAAAUCGUAAUAAUGAACAUUGUAAAGGAAGAUUAUUUAAAUGGACAAACUAUUUACACGGAUGGCAAGAACGAUUUCUUGUAUUAAAACUCGGCUUUUUAAAUUAUUAUAAAAAUGAAUUUGAAAUAAGUCUUGGAUGUCGUGGAGCACUCUCAGUGAAACAAGCACUCAUUCAACCCCAUGAAUUUGAUGACUGUCGAUUUGACAUACGUGUAAAUGAUUCAGUUUGGUAUUUGAGAGCACAUAAUCGCGAGGACAGAGAAAAAUGGGUACAAGCGUUAGAAGAUCAUAAAAUUUUAUGUAAAGCAGAAUCAGGUUAUGGUAGUGAAACAAGUUUACGUAAACAUCCAAGUUUAGGAUCACUGACAUCGACAGCAAGUGUUAGUGUCGCGUCGACGGGCUCAUUUAAGAAAGAUCGAAAUUUAAAAGAAAAACUUAAAGAACUGGAAACAUAUAAAGAUAUUUUAUGUCAACAAGUACAAACAUUACAGACUUAUUUUGAUGCGUGUGCAAAUGCUGUGACCAAAGGAUAUGAACCAUAUCAAAAAGAAUUCGAAGACUCCGGUGAUGUCGACUUUGAAGAUUCACCAGACAAACUCAAACACGAUGACAAUAGACCAGUAAAAAAUGUUACAAUUGUGGGUGAUCAUGCAGGAAUGGCAAUCGAUUUUAAAGGCGAGGCUUUAACCUUUAAAGCAACGACAGAUGGUGUUGUACAUAAUCUCGCAUUUUGUAUUGAAUUAAUGCAAAAAAGAGAAGAUAUAUGGAGGAAAAAAUAUGAAAAAGAAUUGGAGCGACGAAAAAAAUUUCAAGAACUAUAUACUUAUGCCAUAAAACAGAAGAUUCCAGCAUUAGGCUCUCCGGAUGCUGAAGAAGGUCCUCAUAGUACAUUAAAAGAUGAAGAAUUUUUCGAUGCAUUAGAUCAAUCGUUAGAUCGUAUUGAUCGUGAAACAGAUGAAAUCGUACGAAAAUCACAGAACAUAUCUUCAGUGCUAUUACCACAAAUAGAGUGUCAGUUAAAAUCACGCCCAACAUCAAUCGAAAACCAUACAACAUCUCAGUUCGAUAAUAAUGAUGACUAUGGAACACCUCCAACGAGUAUAGAAGAUUCAAAUCCAUUUAUGAAUCUGUUUGAAAAUGAAAUUUCUAAUUUAUCAAUAGAGAUUGAAAGAAUUGUUCAAGAUCAUUUGAAAUAUGAUAGAGAAAACGUAUCCGAUUUAUGGGAACUCAUUCAUCAUGAAGGUGAAAUGAAAGUUUAUCGUCGUGAAGUAGAAGAAAAUGGAAUUGUUGUUGAUCCACUCAAAUGUUUCCAUACAGUGAAAGGUGUAACUGGACAUGAAAUAUGUCAUUAUUUUUUUGAUCCACUAUAUCGAAUGGAAUGGGAAACUACAUUGGAUUCAACGAAAGUUAUUGAAACACCUGAUAAAGAUAAUCUAGAUACACUUGUAUUUUUUCAAAUACAUAAGCGUGUAUGGCCAGCAGCUCAACGUGACUCAUGCUUUUGGUCACAUAUACGUUCCGUAUCAACCAAUGAAGAAGAUCAACCAGUCUGGAUUGUUGUUAACUAUACCACCGAUCAUCCUUUAGCACCGAUUAAAUCUCCAUUUGUUCGACUUGUGGCUAAUGUGGCAUUAACAUGUGAAACACAAAUCGUUGAACCACCAUUAAAUCCAAAAGACAUUAAACGAGAAAAUCUUCGUUGUAAAUUGACUUACGUUGCAUUUGUAAAUCCUGGAGGUUGGGCGCCAGCUGCUGCUCUCCGUGCAAUUGCGAAACGUGAAUAUCCUAAGUUUCUCAAACGUUUUACAAGCUAUGUUGUUGAACAAACAAGAGACAAGCCAAUUUUAUUUUAA